AUGGCCGGUAGGAGAUUGGUGUUAGUCAAUGUUGAUUUUUUUGAAAUUGAAGCCCGCCCUGAUGAAGGAAUCGGUAAGACUGUGCAGAACACGGCACAGAGCGGAGCCGAUUGGAUCCAGGAUGCAGCAAGAGAUGCUGGCAGUUUCUUUUCGAGUGCUGGUAGAGAAGUGAGUGAACACGCGAAAGAUGCCUGGGAUGUUACUAAAGAAAAAGCUGGACAAGUUGGUGCUGCAGUCAAAUCAGCAGCUUCAAAUGUAGCCGAUCGUGGGGAACAGUUCGGGAAAGACGCCAAGAACUGGGCAGAGGGAGCUGUUGAAACAGUAAAAAGAGGAGGUCAGGAAGCAGCAACGGCAGUCGAAAAUGGCUACGAUAAACUACGCUCAGGAGCGGAACGCGAUGUGGAAGUUGUGAAGACAGAUGUGAAGACAGAUGCAGAAAAAGUCGAAAAGGACGCGGAAGAUAAAGGAGUACUCACGAAAGUUGCCGAUUGGUUCAAAGGGAUCGGAAAGUGA